AAAUAAUUUCGUGGCGGUACUCGUAGAAACUUCUCGCGAGAGUGAAUGAAAGAAAAGGGAAGCAGUGUAAAAUUACUAAUUUAUGUUAAUGUUCCGUGAACAUUCAUCCGUGAAUACAAUUAUAUAGCCAAGUUAGAAGCAAUAAGCAACUGCACGUAAGAGUCCGUUUUACGGUUAUACAACAUUUAGUCGGGAUGGUGUUCUAAGGCUAGCAUUGUGCAUUGGGUAAUUAUUGCGACAACCAUCUGUGAAGAACAAACUGGUUUUGCAGCAUUAGCAGCUGUGGAAAAAAAAGGUAACAAUGUGGCUUUUUAUACUUUUUUAUUCAUUAUUUCUUUUACAAAAGUCUGAAACUGCAAGCGAUAUAGUAACAGUAAAAGAAGUGACGGCUGGUCACUUGGCUGAACUGCCCUGCUUAAGCAUUGACGAACAUCACCGUUUUAUGUUUUGGCAAUUUGGGAAUAAUGAUGUUAUUGGCCCAGGAAAUCCUUCAAACGAAAAGAAAUAUAAUUAUGAGGUGUUGACUGGCACACUUAAAAUCAAAGGCGUAUCCACGGCGGAAUCUGGAUUUUACAAGUGUGUUUCUCGAGGCUUACUCGACGAUUCUCAACUCAGAAUCCAUUCCAUUGAAUUAAUAGUUAAAAGUGAUUGGGAACAAGUCUGGGAAUCUGAUUUUGAGACAAACUUAUUGCGGGGUAUGAGUGCUGUUAUGGUACUAGUGGUUGCUAUAGCCGUCGUUCUUUUAAUUAUCACUGUUAAGAGAAGGAAAAAUCAAAGAUUCUUCGAUUUGGAAGAGUCCAGAGAAAGUUCUCCAGCACGUUAUACGUCGAAUAAUACACCUGGUGUUUCGUCAGGCAUCGAAAAUGUUGGGAUCGAUAAUACUGCCCUCGACAUUGAUUUUCCCAAAGUAUUUAAACAAAUGCACAAUGAACAGGCAAUGCAAUAGGUUCUAAUUAUAAUAGAUCAAUUGUACAUUAGUGUAUUAUAUAUUAUGUAAAUAUAAAAUGUUCGUAAAAA